AUGUCUCAGAACCAAGAAUAUAGCGAAGGUUUUAAAAAGGGCCUCAAAGUCCGAGGCGAAGUUCUCGGCGAAGAAUACGUCUCUAAAGCAGUCGCAAGUCUCGACAACGAAUACUGGAAGCCCGCACAGGAGCUCAUAACAGAGUAUGCUUGGGGGAAUGUAUGGACUCGUCCUGGCCUUGAUAGAAAGCAGAGAAGUCUUCUCACAUUGGCGUUUUUGACGGCGCAAAAGGCAUGGCCUGAGUUGACGUUGCAUACCAAGGGAGCUAUGCGGAACGGUUUGACCGAGAUUGAGAUUCGAGAGGCGGUUUUGCAGUCGAUGAUUUACCUUGGUGCUCCUGUUGGGUUGGAGGCUAUGAGGGUUACAGAGAAGGCUAUCAAUGAGUUUAAAGCACAGGGUGGAGGUGAAGCAAGUGGCUCAAAAGAUGAAUGA